CGGAAGCUUCCUCACGAGUCUAUCUACCUCAGCAUCCCAACCAUCGAAGCUGCCUGGCACGCCACGUGGUGGUGCGGGGGGUGCCGGCGAUCGCGAUCGCAGCAGCACAGCGUGUUCGAUUCCGCGGGUGCCGCUGUGAAGCACAUCACUGAACGCCUCGACCACCUCGCGUCCAGUCCAGGUGGGUGCUUCUACUCUCCAUCAUGGAUCACACAAAAUUUCGAGCACUUGCGCACCUGCUCUCACCCACCACAGUCACACCAGCCAACCACCGCCUGGGCUGCUCUCACGCACUCCGCUCACUCUCCAUCUUCCUCUAUCCCCCACACCAUCCAGUCGCCCCACGGCAGUGAACCUAUCAGACGAGGCAGAGAAGCUCAAGAGGGUGGCGGAGGAGGCAGCCAAGCCAAGGAGGAACCCACGCCCGAGGCGGAUGUGCUGGUGGCCCGGCAACGCAAGGAAGCAGACAGCAUUCGCCUGCUGCUGCCCUGCAUUGCUUCAGUGCGCUCCCUGCCAGCCUUCCACCACUACAUGCACACGGAGCACCGAGCAUACAACGUGCAGCACCAGGAAGAGUUUGGGCGGGUGAAGAGUGCAGAGGAGGCAACGUUUGAUCCCAUCAAGCUGUGCUAUUGA